GGUGCCGCGUUUCCUUCCGGGGCGCCGCCGGCCAUUUUGUGGCGUUAAGCCGCGCGCGCGGGCGGUUCCCUCUCAUUUCCUCGUCGCGGCGGGACGGGGCGGCCGCUCCUGGCUCUUCGCUCCGGCCUCGGGCCGCCCCUCGGACCCUGAGGUUUAUUCUCUUCGUCCGCCGUCGCCCCUCAGGGGCUCCUGCCCACCAUGAGCUACGGCCGCCCGCCGCCCGAUGUGGAGGGCAUGACGUCCCUCAAGGUGGACAACCUGACCUACCGCACCUCCCCGGACACCCUCCGGAGGGUCUUUGAGAAAUACGGCCGCGUGGGCGACGUCUACAUCCCGCGGGACCGCUACACCAAGGAGAGCCGCGGCUUCGCUUUCGUGCGCUUCCACGACAAGCGGGACGCGGAGGACGCGAUGGACGCGAUGGACGGGGCGGUGCUGGACGGCCGGGAGCUCCGCGUGCAGAUGGCCCGCUACGGCCGCCCGCCCGACUCGCACCACAGCCGCCGCGGGCCGCCGCCCCGCCGGUACAGCAGCAGCGGCUACGGCCGCCGCAGCCGCAGCCCUAGAAGACGCCGUCGCAGUCGAUCUAGAAGCAGGAGCCGCUCUAGGUCCCGCAGUCGGUCCCGCUACAGUCGAUCCAAAUCCCGGUCUCGCACACGCUCUCGGUCUCGCUCCACCUCCAAGUCCAGAUCUGCCAGGAGAUCCAAGUCAAAGUCCUCUUCUGUCUCCAGAUCCCGAUCCAGGUCAAGAUCCCGGUCCAGAUCUAGAAGCCCUCCCCCUGCCUCAAAGAGGGAAUCCAACUCUAGAUCCAGGUCUAAGAGCCCUCCUAAGUCUCCGGAAGAAGAAGGAGCUGUAUCCUCCUAGGAACAUGAUGCUUCAGCUAAAUGAGAACCCAGAUAAAGGACGCCUUUGGGGGGAAAAGAUCGCUUGAGUCUUCAGCCCAUUGGAGAGACCCUGGCCGAGCAACCAGCUGUUGAAAAGGUUAUUUUGUAACAUUUUGUCUAACUUUUUACUUGUUUAAGUUGCGCCUCAAGUGGCAGAUUUUACAUUUUAUGUGCCAUUUUGUUGCUGUUAUUCAAAUUUCUUGUAAUUUAGUGAAGUGAACGACUACCGAUUUCAAUAUUGGCUUGGAUAUUUGAGGUAAAACUUCAUUUUUGUUUAUAUAGUGCUGACUUCUAUUGGAAAUUAAAAUCGAUGGUAACUUGCUGCCUCCAGUUUCAUACUGAGGAAUCAUGCAGCCAUUAUAUGCUGAUAGCUAACUGUCAAAAAGUACUCUCAAUUUUAUUUUGACUCCUUAAAUAAGUCCACAAAACUUCAACUUGAAACUUACUGUAAAUGCUUUUUUUUAAAAGAAGGAAAAGCUUUGACUUAAAAUAGCAUCUUCAAAUUCAAAUUGGUAGAAAUCUUUUCAGGUGACAGUUGAUAUUUGCAAGGAUUGUUUUACCAGACUCAAUUCUAAUCUCUUCUCUUAUGUAUUUUUGUGCACUAGGCGCAGUUGUGUAGCAGUUGAGUAAUGCUGGUUAGCUGUUAAGGUGGCGUGUUGCAGUGCAGAGUGCUUGGCUGUUUCCUGUUGUCUCCUGAUUGCUCCUGUGUAACGAUGCCUUGUCGUGCAGAAACAAAUGGCUGUCCAGUUAAUUAAAAUGCCUGACAACUGCACUUCCAGUCACCCGGGCCUUGCGUAAAAAAAAUGGAGCAUACAGUGAGCACAUCUAGCUGAUGAUUUACACACCUUAUUUUUUCCAGAAUGGUAAAACUUACCAACCUACAUAUAUGAACUUACAUAUGAGAAUUGUAAUGUUAAGCAAAGAAAUGGUUCAUUCCUUUGUAAGUACUGAUUGGUGUAUCUUUUGCUUAAGACAUUCUGUACUAUACCCACUGUCUCUGUAGUUAAUAUUAAACAUUUUUUUCUGUGUUAACUUUUCUCAACUUAAUGUCUUGGGUCAGCUUAUUUUUAGCUUGAAAAGAUUUCUGCAAUUAUACUGUCGAUGUUUAACUUCUAUAUAGUAACUAAAUGCAUUCUACUGCUUAUAAAUUUUAUCCACUGGGGUUGCUUUGAAAUUACUGUGGGCAAACUUUAAUUAGUAUUGUUACUAACCCAAUGCUGUGUGGCAGGUGGUAACACACCAGGCCACGAGCACAGACCCAGCCUGGGAUGGUGGUGUGGGAGGUCCACACUGAGCAGUACUAAUAAUUGCAUUGCUGUGUGCUUGCCCUGGCUCACCAGGCUGCUGCUUGACAGGGGCUGAUCUUUACAGUGAUGAUUUCUCUUGAUUUGGUACCAAAUGACUUGUAACUUCAAACAUCCUGUGUCAAGGGUUAUUGUAAUGCCUUGUUUUAUCUUAUGCAUGUAUGUUAAAUGGGAAUGGAAACAUCUGAACACUGGCAGUAUGGCUUUGUUGAGGAUUAAAAGUACUUUUCUACAAA